AUGGUCAACGGUUUUUUUCUUCUCGUCACCCCAUACGGAACUUGUCGGGUUCCAGAAAGUCUUCGAAAGUUUAAUGUGCCAUUGGAGCUGUUUCUUCAAAGCUUUCAAACGGAGCUUAAUGCCCCGGAAAAUCUCGAUCAAGUAACCGGAAUCAGUGUGAGGGCCUGGCUUUGCGACUGGAAGGAAGGGAAAGUAGGGGUGCUUUUGGGGAAACGCGCCGCAGAUGACUCGUCACCAAAUUUCUACGAAGCAUUUGGUGGAAAAUGUGACCCAAAGGAAACAGUACUGGAUUCUUUGAUCCGCGAGUUCUGGGAAGAGACCAAGCUGGAAAUUUCGGUUAUACAUGGCGAGGUGCCCGAGGUCGAUGUUUUUUGUACCCCGAAAAGCAAGCGAUGGAUUGCUCAAAUUCACUUCCUGGUCUCAGCCAAACCGAGCUGCGGCAAUGGGUUCUGCAUCAAGUUGGAUCCUAAAGAACAUCAAAGUUUCAUUUGGGCCAUUGGCAAGCCUGCUGCACUAGGGACUCUACUGAUCACCCAAGGCUCUAAAAGUCAUUUUGAGUCAGCAGUUGCAAUUUUCCAAAGGGAGAUGCCUUGUCCAAGCGGGCAAAAGCCCUGA